UGGCGGCAGGACCAGGGAAGCCGUGCAGCUGAAGCCGAGCCCCAUUGUCUCCUACAAACAGCACCACCAGGGAAACGGCUGGGGAAAGGAGGAGUGUGCGCAGAGUGGUAGGCAAGGCGCGUUUGUAAGCCACAAAAGAGAAACCAGCCCUGGACAGAGCAUCUGGCCAGUAACGGAAAAUGAAUCACAGCCAAGUUGUAAUAAUAUGAGCAAAAACUGCGUUUUAUUGCAACGGGCGUCCUACUACCGAUCGUUUUCUACUCUCGCACCUCGCGCGGACUUCUUUUGUUCGCAUCGCUUCAGACCCAAAUACUCGCUCUAAACUCUCCUUCAGCAGAAAGCACCAAGAUGAAUUUCCAAGCGGGCGUCCAAGUGUCCGGUAUCUCGCAGCAGCCUCAGCCGGCCAUGCCCACUCCAGGCUCGGUUCAGGCGCCUGUGCCCGUGCCGGUUCCCCAGUCCAUUCCGUCCCAGUUCGGUUCCGGUUCGUCUGGAGGCUCUGGAGCUGGUCAAUUCGGUUCAGGGACAGUUUCUGGACAGGGUGCUGGCCAGCCCGGGUCGGCUGGCUCGCAGUUUUUGUCCAACUCAGCGGCCAUCAGAGCUGAGAUCCAUCGGUUCGAGUCGGUCCAUCCCAACAUUUACGCCAUCUACGACCUGAUCGAGCGUAUUGACGACCUGGCCCUGCAAAAUCAGAUCCGGGAGCACGUUAUCUCAAUUGAAGAUUCGUUCGUCAACAGCCAAGAGUGGACAUUGAGUCGAUCGGUGCCAGAACUCAAAGUGGGGAUUGUGGGUAAUCUCUCCAGUGGGAAGUCCGCCUUGGUCCACCGAUACUUGACAGGGACGUAUGUGCAGGAAGAGUCUCCAGAAGGUGGCCGUUUCAAGAAAGAAAUAGUCGUGGAUGGACAGAGCUACCUUCUCCUGAUCAGAGAUGAAGGAGGGCCUCCAGAAUUACAGUUUGCUGCCUGGGUGGAUGCAGUGGUGUUCGUGUUCAGCCUGGAGGAUGAGAUCAGCUUUCAGACCGUCUACAAUUACUUUCUGAGACUGUCGAGCUACAGGAACACAGCUGAGGUCCCCAUGGUGCUGGUCGGGACGCAAGAUGCCAUCAGCGCAGCCAACCCCAGAGUGAUUGACGACUCGAGAGCCCGAAAGCUGUCCAACGAUCUGAAGCGCUGCACGUACUAUGAGACCUGCUCCACCUAUGGCCUGAACGUGGAGAGGGUGUUCCAGGACGUUGCCCAGAAGGUGGUGGCCAUGAGAAAAAAGCAGCAGCUGUCCAUUGGCCCGUGUAAAUCUCUCCCUAACUCCCCGAGUCACUCAUCAGUGCCAGCGGCCUCGCUCCCCUCUGUCCACAUCAACCAGGCGUCCAAUGGCGGGGGCGCGUUCAGCGACUACUCCUCCUCCGUCCCCUCCACCCCCAGCAUAAGCCAGCGGGAGAUGCGCAUAGAGACCAUCGCUGCCUCCAACACGCCCACGCCCAUCCGCAAGCAGUCCAAGAGGCGCUCCAACAUUUUCACAUCGCGGAAAGCCAGUGAGCAGGCAAAGAACGUUGACAGUAAGACAGACAGCAUAGGCAGUGGAAGGGCCAUUCCUAUCAAACAGGGAAUCCUUCUGAAGCGAAGUGGCAAAUCCCUCAACAAGGAAUGGAAGAAGAAAUAUGUCACACUGUGUGAUAAUGGAGUCCUCACUUACCACCCCAGUUUACAUGACUAUAUGCAGAACGUACAUGGGAAAGAGAUCGACUUGUUGAGGACGACAGUGAAGGUUCCAGGGAAGCGACCACCUCGAGCAGUCGCCACAGUUGCCCCCACCGCCCCCACCGCCAGCCCCAAGACCAACGGGCUCACCAAGGACCGCAGUGGCCUUCAGCUUGGCAUAGGAAAUACAGGAGCGCCUCAUUCCAACAGCAGCUCAUCCCUGACGGGCGGGGUGGUGUUUGGGAAGGACGGGAUGCACCAGCGCUCCUUCUCCGUGUCCAGCGCUGACCAGUGGAAUGAAGCCAUCAACACCAGUACAACAAGUGGAACAUCCAAUGGGAUGGGAGAUCCGACCAACUCCAAUCUGGGCAGCGCCACAAGUCCCAAACUUGAACCCCCUCCGUCGCCCCACGCCAACCGCAAGAAACACAGAAGGAAAAAGAGCACGGGCAUCACCAAACCAGACGGCCUCUCAACGGGCAACGAAGAGCAAGAGGAUUCGUUCGAGUUCAUCAUUGUGUCAUUGACGGGUCAGACGUGGAACUUUGAAGCAUCGACGUAUGAAGAAAGAGAACUGUGGGUCCAGGCCAUUGAAAGUCAGAUCUUUGCCAGUCUGCAGUCCUGUGAGAGCAUAAAGAACAAGUCUCGGUUAGGGAGCCAGAGUGAUGCCAUGGCCAUUCAGUCCAUACGCAACGUGAGGGGGAACAGCUUCUGCGUGGACUGCGAUGCACCAAAUCCAGACUGGGCCAGUUUGAACCUGGGGGCCCUGAUGUGUAUCGAGUGUUCGGGGAUCCACAGAAACCUGGGCACGCACCUGUCUCGUGUGCGCUCCUUGGAUCUGGACGACUGGCCCGUGGAGCUCAGCAUGGUCAUGACGGCCAUCGGGAACGCCAUGGCGAACAGCGUGUGGGAGGGAGCACUGGACGGAUACAGCAAACCCGCCAGUGACAGCACCAGGGAGGAGAAGGAGCGGUGGAUCCGGGCUAAGUACGAGCAGAAGCUGUUCCUGGUGGGCCUGUCUCAGUCAGACAUCCCCCUUGGCCAGCAGCUGCUCCGGGCCGUGGUGGAGGACGACCUGAGGCUGGUGGUGGUGCUUCUGGCUCACGGCACCAAAGAGGAGGUGAAUGAGACGUACGGGGACGGAGACGGGCGCACCGCUUUGCACCUGUCCUGCGCCAUGGCCAACGUGGUCAUCACACAACUGCUCAUAUGGUACGGCGUGGACGUGAAGAGUCGUGACGCCCGUGGGCAGACCCCCCUGUCGUACGCCCGCCGCGCCGGGAGCCAGGAGUGCGCCGACAUCCUGCUCCAGCACGGGUGCCCCAACGACAACAGCACCCUGGCCUCCGUGCCCACGCCCAACAUGACGCGCCGAAACCCCAACAUCAACAACAACAACGCCCAGUGUGAACUCAAUCGCAGUAUUAGCAUCAUGUAGGACUCCCGUUCUUAAACCCACUCGCUCUGUCUGUACCUCCCGUCCCGCCGCGUACCCGUUGAUACUUUGCAGUGACGUCAUGCUGGGGGUGUUCUACAUGGAUCUCUAUUGGCGGAAUGUUCAGAAGUUAAGUUUUAAAAAGAAAAAAACUUUAAUGGAUUUAAACAAGACAUUUUCAGGAGGCUGUGAUCAAUACGAGUGUUCACGGUUUGAGUUUCAACAAAAAGGUGGGAGUGACUUAAAACUGAAAAAUCUUUUGACUGUAAUUUUAUGUGUAAGAGACUUAUUUAAAUGCACAAAUCAUCUCACCCCUUGUAGUUCCAAGUCAGCUCUUUCUGGUCAGAUUGUGUUAAAAAAAAGCAGCUCAUAUUAAAUCUAACAAGAGUAACAGAUCUUCUAACGGAGUAGUUUCAGUUAUCAUCACACUCCCAGAGAAUGUUGAUGACGUCUGCUGCAAAGUAUCAAUUUAACGAAAUUUUGUAGGGACAUUCCAGUUGUUCGAUAUUCCAAUACGCUGAAAAGACAUGGGCGAUUCAGGUUUCAUUGUUUCAUAUAAUUUGUAAUUUCUGUUGGUAAACUGUAACUCAGCUCGGAUUUAAGCUUUUUUUGUUAAGCGUCAACCAAACAAAUGACUUACUUAGGCAUUGGUACCUACACAAACCAUUUCCUCCGUGCUACAACAUUCGCUUGAUGUCUUCCCUUUUUCGCGAACACGUCCCUGUUUCCUUAAUGAGCGCGAAUGAGAAUUUUCCGCACAUCCCAAUAUCAUAAAACUGUGAGGAAUAGUUUUUCAAGUGACAAAUGCGAGAACGAAAAGUGAAUCUUCCAUAAUCUCGCAGCUUUAGUAAUGAUGCAUGUCUCUAACGCAGCCAUCAAACUCUUGACAUACCAUCUAUAUACAAAGGCAAAGCAAUUAUAGUUGAAAAGUCCAAAUGAUUUACUUAAUUUGCAGCGAAAUGGGUUUGGCUUUGAUUGCAGGAUUAUCGUGGGUUGAAAGUGAUUCUUUUUCAGCGAUCCUCCGACGAAAGUGUCCCUAACCAUAAGGAAAUUACAGACCACCAUGUUUUAUGACCAUCAAGCUUCUCCGCUUUUGUUAAUGCGCCUCUUCAAUCAGAUUUCAUUCAUAUUCCAGCGCGAGAAUCAUACUGAGAAAUUGUACCAUUACAGUGUCUUUGUUGCCGUAAUUCUUCGAUUGACUAGAUUGUGUUGAUAAUUGUUUGCAACGUAGAUUCGGCGCAGAUUUCAAGGCUGCAGCGUAAUGGAAUAUUCCUUCACCUCCCGUGGCCCUCGAACACUAGACUUUUCCGAGACCAUUUCCUCCAUUGUUGCUGUGAAAUGGCCGAUAUAUAUGGCACAUUAGUCGUGUCUACUGUAUGCGAGUUUGGGAGCUGUAUCGCGGAGAGUAAAAGAAAAGUGGACCUGCAAGUAGCACAUAAUUUGCAAUGUGUCUGUAAGCUUGCCAGUUCUAUAAUGGAUUUCUAUGGGAAAAAUGAGCCGAAAAUGACACCAAAAUGGGGACCAGGACUAUCUCAGGAAUCAGGAUACACCCAUUUUCUUAACAGUUAACAACAGCAGAAAGACAUGGUACAUACAAAUUGACUUUUCUUCCUACAAAUUCACAUUUUCUUGUAUGAAGAUUUCUAAAGUCAUAUUGUAAUUUUUUGUGGUACCUGCAUCUCCACCAGAAAACUUCCAACGUGCAGUUUAACGCAGUGAUUAGUAAAGGGCAGCUAACUUUGCUUUAAUAAUGUUCCUUGUCUUAUUCAUAGUAUGUCCCCAUGUCCUUCGGUCCACUUUUCUUCUCCUCUCCUCUGUACUCUUCCGUUUCUUGUCUGUGAAUCUGUGUAACAUAGUCUCAGCGUCCCUAUAGGUACAAACCACAUUAGAAAUAAGACAAAGAAAAGGAAACUGACAUCUUAACUUUGUGUACAGACUUGUAAAAAGUAGUCACGUCUCCUUAAAGUGAGUAUGACAGGUUCCGAUGAUUCUCAAUUUUUGCUUAAUUUAGUAGAAUAAAUCCGGUUGUAAAUAUAAAUUAAAGUUUUACACCAAUAAAGAAGCAAUUUGCGAAGAAAAGUUGAAAAAUAUGUUGAAAAUUACAAGUAGAGAGUGGGAGAAUUGUGUCCAAAAGUUUGGCACAGUUUGCUCAAGAAAGUCAUUUUUCUGACUUCUGCAAAAUUUCCUUAUAUUUUUAUGGUUACUAGGUAACAGUGAUGGAAUUCCCGAGCGUGAUGUCAUGAUUGUUAACUAGGAAGUAAAAUAGGGUGACCAGAUUUUCAAAAUAAAAAACUAUUAAGGGUUGUAUAAUAAAAUUGUGAAACUGUGAGUAACUGUUCUGCACCCGGUCACAUUUUCUUUGUGUUUUGGUCAUUUUUAAGCAGAUUUUCUGUAUUUUAUCUAAACAAAUGUCAAUAUACGCCUCUCUUUACCGUCAAAAAUGGUCAAAAUUAGGGACACCGGGGAUAUUUGUUGUCUAAAAUUGGGACAAAUCAGUGGUUUUGGAUAAAUCAUGGCUCAAAACUGGAACUUUCCCAGGUAAAUGGGAACGUCUGGUGACCUUAACGUAAAAUUUCAAACCUAAAAAAUUGCCAAAUCUUUAGUCAAAUCUUAAAUACAACAAUCUUAACUGUGUUUUAGUGAAAUGAGUAGUCUAACCUGUCAUACACACUUUAAGUCUUAUAUAAUCUAUGACUUUUAGAAUGGUCAAAAUCCCUUUCUCUGUGUCGUCCUACUGUCCGAAAUGCUAAUACGCAGCCUAAACCACGGGGAGUACAACAAGCAGCAGAUGACUGAACUUUAAACGCGAUUUGUAGACCAGUUUGCAUCUAUUUUUUUUUUUUUAAUAAGUAUUCAUAUAUUGCGUAAAAUAAGCCAUUUGAGUCAUACUUGAUCGUUUAAGGGAGUUUGUUGAUAUAUUUCUUUUUACUGACUGCCAUUUUAAGGUCAUUGUUUUAAGCUUUUAAACCAAGAUAUUUGUUUACAAUACCUUGGUACUUUUUUACAGUAUUUCACCUGUGAUAAUUUUAAAGUGGUCACUGAAGAAGUAGUUGGAUAUUUUGGGGAAUACUUUUGCGCAAACAUGAGAGUAUGGUUUUGCAGUUACAGUUAGCUUUUUUUUUUUUUUAUUCUGAAAGCAUUUAUUACUUAUUUUCUUGAUGCUAACAGAUGCUAAACCUGUGUAGCGCUCUGUUGUUUUGUUUACGUAGCUUCAUCAACGCUAAGCUAACUUUUUUUUCAGUGCUACAAGCUAACUGCCUUGCUUAACGGCCGCUAAAUCUAAAUUUCUCUCAAACAAAAAGGGAAAUAUUUUAGUUCCCCAAAAUGUCCGACAACUUCUUAAUGACAAAACACUACUAGCCACUACUUUAACUGUGUUUUACGUGUACUGUACAGCGGUACUAGCCUUAUUUUGAUCUGAUUACUUGACCUAGCGUGUUUAUUUAGCUUGAGGGGCUAAUAGGUAAACCUGUACAGUGAUUUCCAGAUAUUUGCAUAAAGUAGACGCUUCAACACUAGAAACUAUCUCCCUCAACGUAAAGUGUACAUAUUAGCUUUUUCGCUCCUAAGAAAUUCCGUUUUUUGACCCACAAACCGCCAUUUUAAUAUGUAGUUUUGGUUUGUUUUUAAGCAUAUUUUAAGGUACUCUGAUUGUGGUCUCUCGACAUUAAGUGACCAUCUUUGGUACUUGUGUAUAAUGAUGUACAUUUGACAUAUUUAUAAUGCAGUAAUGUAAAUAUAUUUUGUUUUUGUUUAGUUGAAUUUGACCUAUUGUAAUUCCUUUUUGCGUUCAGAACGUAAUACAAAAGCUAAAGAGUAACUUGUUGUAUGCUUGGAUGCUUGGCUGACUGUUGACCUAUUAAUAAACACUCAAAUAAAACAAUGUAGCCUUCCCUGGAGCUGGGGAAACGGA